AUGCUACUAGAUCAUGGUCUCGACGUUAACGCCUAUGGUAACUUUAUCAGCGACAUAUUUAAGGCCAACACAUACGACGGGUUAGAGCGGAUACUACAGUAUCAUACUGCUGACGUCAACGCCCAAGAUAGAAAGCAUAGCAAUGCACUCUAUGCCGUAUCGUCCGUCGGCCAUGAAAGACUAGUCCAGAUGCUGCUGGAUCUUGGCGCUAACGCCGCCUCAACCAACGGCUAUGGAAAGGUGGUGCAGAUGCUGCUAGAUCAUGGUGCCGACGGCAAAUCCAAAAAAGCAGAACUCAGCCCUCAAGGUAUCAAACCUUUGUAG